AUGGCUAACGCUUGGGCCUCACGAUCCGGCGUGAUGUUGAUGUUCGUUAAGUGUGUUCGUCUUACACUUUUCUCGCACGCCAGACCGCACCAGCGCUCUCACAACCAGAGACAGAAGCUCGCAAAGCUCUCCCCGCUCAAACCACCACGACCAGACAAGAGUCGCCUGAGGCAUUGUGAUCUCGCUCGGAAAUUCGAACCAUCCAUACCGCGACGCUUCAUCGAUACGUCGACGGAAACCACAAGGAUAGCUGCGUCUUCGCAAGAUUCUUUCUCGCGCCUGCCAGAGGAGGUGAUCACACGCAUCAUGAAGUGCCACUACAACAACUAUAUCGGGGGUGUGCUUCUCUGCUGUGAGACGUUUUUUCCAAAGGAUCCAGGCUUCUUGACAGGCCUUUGUUCUUACGCUGCUGAACUACACUGGUGUGAAGACGACGAACGCAAGUAUGGUUAUCAGCCAGUGGCCACUACAAUCGACGCAACAAAGAUCCAGGAGGUCCUGAAGAUCCGGCUUGUCAACAAACUCUUCGCUCGCUGCAUGCUUGACGCCUUCUUUAAGAGUCCCAUCAUAUUUGAGCAUGUGUCAUACGAUUGGACAGAUCCGGGAAAGGUUUUCUGGUUUCUACCUUGCCAGAUCGAGCCAAAGCUUGUCCAGAGUGGUGGGCGCAUUCAAGCUGAAUACUACACCAGGGUUCCCUACACGUACCGCUUUGUUUGGAACAAGACCGACACCCAUUGCGUAAGAACUGGUAUGGACUUAGCUCUGACAAAGCAAACGCAUCUGCCAGGUAUUACCGACGCCGAUGCGUCGCUGCUGGCCAACGAUAUCGACAAGGUCUUCAUCCACAACCCCAGCGGUCUUACCGUUCGCGGUAUCCAAUUUAGUCGUGAUUUGGAGAGUGGGUCGAUCUGUGAUACCGAAUCGACAGCAAAACUAGUUCGAUUGUAUUGGAACGUGCUUGGGGGUGCACAUGGGCAGACGAUGGACCUUGACCACAACCAAGAGUUCACUCUAGACCUAUGA